AUGAACGGCGCUAGCUACGACGCAAACCACUUAGCGGAAUCAUAUGUCCGGAUGGCUAUGAUAGGCAUUGCAUGCUACGACUACGUACGCACACUCCCCGAAGAGAUCGCGAUAUACGGCGACUAUUGGCGGAAGCGCAAGCAAAGGGGCUGCUUCUUCCCACCCGAUGUCGCGCUUUUCGUCCUCAUCCGCUAUGUAAGUGCGGCGACUAUAGGGUACUAUAACGCGACGUACUUUCUGGGGAUGUCCGAGGAGAUGUGCGCUAGGACGCAUGCAAUACCCGUGACCUUAAAACUCAUACAAACUAUUGUCAGCCAGAUCAUCAUUGGUCUACGCACAUACACUCUCGCUCGCUAUUCCACUCGAGUCAAGCACUUCUUGAUUGUCAUAUUCCUCGUCACUUGUGGCCUCGAAGCUUUCAGCAACUACUUCCGACGCGUUCUGCUCUGGCAUGAUCGCCUGUGUACUACUGGCAACCUCCCGGGACUAAUGUUCACUUUCACUUACUACAUCUGGGCUGUCGUGUACGACGUGUGCGCUAUAUCAAUCGCUACGUACUAUCUGUUCUCUCUGCAUCUUGAGACGAAGAGUCUACUCAUUCGUCAAAUGCUUUUGGAUGGCUUAGGUUAUCUCGUCGUUCUCACCGCCAUCAAUCUUACAAACCUCAUCUUCUACCUCUCUGCGAAGCAAUAUCUUCAAGUUCGAGCUAUCACUGUUGGCAUCACAUUUACUUGGAUCUUAUCACAAGGCAUGAUCAUCCACACUCGUAAAGCGGCACGAGCUCCUCGCACGAUGAGCACCAUAGGGCCCACCGACGUCUCCACAUUCCGCAUCGCUGUACCCCAUCAUGCAACAUCUGAUAGCGGCAAUGCCUGCGAGAUGCUUGAGCAGACGGCUCAACUGCCCGAGCUUGCAAGAGAGCGCAGUGGGAGCGAUCAAUCCGACGCCCUGUCGGCGAAGUUCGGCCGACGCAGAUCAGGCUCAAAUGCAGUAUGA